AUAAGAUUAUUUAAUAUUACAAUACAAUAUAGGUAAUAUUAAAACAAAAUAAUUUGUAGUAAAUCCAGAGGGCGCUUUUAUAAGUUUACCUUUAUUCGAUUCUACUGUUCAAAUUUGUGUCAAAAUACUGCUGGACGAGAAAAAGACGGUUACCAAAAAAAUCAGUUUUAAAGCUACAAGAUUUGAUGUAGAUGGAUUUUUAGAUGAAACAGUCAAGCAGACCCCAAAGCCAAGAGCUUGUUCAACAGUGACCAAGAAGAAACAGGAAUUGAAACCCUUAAGUUUUAGCGCCUCUAGCAACUACAGAAACUCUCUGGGAGUGAUGUCUCUGGAAGAAGUUGAUUUGAUACCACAUCUUGAGGUGCCUCGAAGUGAAGCGCCGAAUGUAUCUUCUUUAUCAAAAAGUAGUGCGUAUGAUUCUUUAUACAAACAAUUUAUUGCUGAUAGAACAGCUGAAUAUACCAGAGUGAUGCACAAAACACGUGAGCCAAAUUCAAUGAAUUUACCAUCAAAAUAUUUCCAACCAGAAACACAAAUAGAUACACCAAUGAGUAAAAAAUCUAUGGAAAGCACAGUGAGUGAAAGUGAUUUGGUUGGAUUAUCUGAUGAUCGGAGGACAUCAACUCAGAUAGGUAAUAUUUCCCAGCAACUACGCAAUUCAGAUGUUUCAAUCAAGGAAAUUUUCAAUAAAUAUUUUAUUACUAAUUCGACGUUUGAGGAAAUGGAUAGCGAUAUGUUCGAGACUGCAGAAUCUGCAACUGAAAAAAUAAAUGCUGAGGAAAUGUUUUGGCGCAGGGAGCACGAUUUGCCUGUGAAUAGAGUAUCGACAUUUUCUCAGCCAAAUUCACAUUUAGAAUCAAAAAUAUCGAUGGGUGAAUUUUUCAGCGGGAAAUCAGAUAAUUGCUCUUUGAUGUUCGAUAAAAAGAGUCCUGAGAGCCGGAAACCCGUACCAUUAAUAAAUGAUGAACUAACGGUGGUGGAUGAAAGUCGAUUUUCAACAGAUGGCAGCAUUUUAAGUAUUUCGAAGAUACAAAAUAUAAUCUCGAAUGGGACUGAAACACCGAAUAAAUUAGCAGAGAAACUGGUGAAAUCGAAAUUUUCGAAUAUAGCUAAAUCGUACGAUAAUCGCAAAAGUUUGGACUCGCCAAAUACCAAGAUUAAUAAAUCUAACGCUAGAAAAUUCGUUAGCACUUCGGAAUUGACUUGUAGUAAAUCAAUGAGCCAUAUGGACGAGAACAAGGAAAAUAAGAAUAGGUCAAUAAAUUCUAUGAAGAGCGCUUGCAGUAUUGAAACUUUAUCUGAAAUUAAAAAUCCAUUGGCGUGCACUAAAUCGGAAUUGGUUUAUGGAUGUGUAAAAGUGGGAAAGAUUGCGACUCAAGAGUUUGUCGUUAAAAACCGUUCAGAUCAUAAAAUGAGAUUUCAAGUUAACUCCAGCAAUCUGAAUUAUAAAAUCUCGAAAUUAGAUACAGAUUCUAUGGCAAAGGUCACCAUUUUGUUACAUCCAAAUGAAAGCAGGCAAUUCACGAUAACUUUUUCUCCCACCACGAUAGGUGUUCAAACUGGUAAAUUAUACUUUUACCCAAUGAUUAAAGGGGACAUUCGUAAGGAUAAACAACAAGUCAUGAACCUAUUCGGAUAUGGUGGACACUCCAGUAUCGAGAUGCUAGGUCUACCCAAAGACACAUCCGGUAAACUAUGGUUGCCUCUGGGUAGUUUAAAUAGCCAAAACAAUUCGAAGAUGGUCAAGCAGUUUCAGAUUAAGAACUCUGGUACUUUGCCCGGUUUCGCGCAUUUAAGCGUUAGAUCGAAGAGCCUUUAUUCUUACGCAACGAUAAAUUUAUCGCCAUCGUCAGUUGUUUUACAGCCUGGGCAGCAGGUUUCUAUUCAGGUUGAAUACAUCAUAACGAAGGACGAUUACAGGAUCUUCUGUAAAACGUUCAACGGCGGAUCAGAAGUCACGGAAAUCGCACACAUCACGAUAGUGUUUGGACCGGAAGUAUUGAGAGGACGAUUAAGGAAAUUGAAUGAAUACGUAUCGAAGAACAAUCUGAUGCCCGAUAAAUUGGUCUGUGAAUUAACGAAGAUAUUUCCAGGCGAAUGCAUUCCAGACGAUUUAAGAAAUUACAAAGAUACAGUAAAAAACUUCCACGUCAUACUGAACGAAUUGUUGCGCAAAGAAAUAACUAUAACAGUCGAACAGGACAUGGACAAAACUCUUUGUCCCGAAGCUAUAGAUGAAACCUCGCAGUAUCACACGUUAAUGAAUAACUACUCCAAUAUGACGAUCGUGGAUAAGAGCGAUAUUGUGGACUUAUUAACUGUUGAGGUCUCGAAUAUUCUAUUAACUCCGCCUUUUAAAGUUUCCGACUCGAUUGUUUUAUCUUGCGAAGGAUCGAAAGAUGUUCUAUACGAGAUCAAAAUGGAACCGGAAGGAUUUUUGAAGAUUAGCAAUCGAAGGAACGUCAUAAAACCUGGUCAGAUUAAACGUAUCAAUUUGACUUGCGCCGAUGUCCAUAUGAACGAUAGACAGAAGGUUAAAGUUUUAAUAUUCACCGAGAAUUCGAUGCUGGAAGUCGAAGUAAAGAUUAUUAACAAUAUAGUUACUUAAUUCUUAUUAUAUUUGCUAUUUUUUAUAUAUUUUAUUAUUGCCUCUUAUUGUACUUACAUUUGGGAAA